GGCGGCAGCGGUGGCAGGGUCUGGCGCUGCUGGCAGUAACGGCGGUAGCCCCGCCCGGCACCUGGGCGCCCGCGUGCUGCUGCUGCCGGCGGAGGCGGAGCCGGAGCCGGAGGCCGGCCCGGGGUCCGCUUCAGCUGCUGCUCCUGCAGGGCUGGCUGCCCGCCGUGUGGUCCGGGUGACGGAAGCGGUGAUGAAGAAGGUGAGCGGGGUGGAGAACGCGCGCGGCGUGACGGCGGUGGCGGAGCUGGACCUGCCGCCAGAGCGGAGCCUGGCGGAGCUGCUGGCGGAGGCAGCGACGGUGGCGGAGGCGGCGACACCAACCUCCUCUUCUACUGUACCAAACGACUCACAACAACACCAGCCGUCAACCCAGUCACGUCAACGACCGCCGCAAACAUCACAACCGCAACCUUCCUCACCCUCACCUCCGCCACCCGUACGACUACUUGUCCUGGACGGCGUGCAGGACCCGGGCAACCUGGGCACCCUGGUCCGCACCGCGCUGGCGUUCGGCUGGCAGGGGGUGUUCCUGCUGCCCGGCUGCUGCGACCCCUUCAACGACAAGGCCCUGCGCGCCAGCCGGG